AUGUCAUUUUUUCAAAAGUUAUCAGUCAGGAUAUCGCCUAAGCCUAAAGGUAGCAACAGUAAUAGUACAUGCUCGAACAGCAUCUCGACAUCGUUCAUAGAAAAUAAUAAUAAUCUUAGUACAAAGAAUAUGUUGCAAACUAAAGUUUAUACCAAUUCUACUAAUAGUAAUAACAAUAGCUAUAAUGAUAUUAAUAAAAAGAAAUCAUCAACUCAUAACACUAUUAUUAUUCCUUCUUCGCCUCAACAACCCAAUACCCAUUCACACCAAACUUCCAGCAUGUUAGAAGAAAGCAACACGCCACCGCCACCCUUACCAGUAAACGAAAAAAGCACAUCCUCCUCUAAUAAUCAUGUCCAACAAAACUCCCGACAUCCCCUGGAAAUAUCGAUGACAAGUAGUACUAUCAACCUAAAGCUAUCGCUCAACAAUUUUGAUCUAUGCCGAACACUUGGUACCGGAUCCUUUGGACGCGUUCAUUUAGUUCAAUCGAAACAUAAUCAAAAAUUUUAUGCAAUGAAAGUACUCAAAAAAUCCGAAGUUGUUCGUCUGAAACAAGUCGAGCAUACAAACAAUGAGAAACGUAUUUUGGAACAGACAAGUCAUCCGUUUAUGGUGAAAUUGUGGGGCACAUUCCAGGACUCGGCGAAUUUGUAUAUGGUUAUGGACUAUGUGGUCGGUGGGGAGCUGUUUAGUGUGCUUAGGAAAACCCAGAGAUUUCCGGAUCACGUAGCAAAAUUUUAUGCAUCAGAAGUAUUGCUCGCAUUUGAAUUCCUACAUUCAAAAGAUAUCAUUUAUCGAGAUCUCAAACCCGAAAAUCUACUGUUAGAUCGUAACGGCCACAUAAAAAUCACCGAUUUCGGAUUCGCAAAACACGUGCCAGACGUAACAUGGACAUUAUGCGGGACUCCAGACUAUCUCGCGCCCGAAGUAAUCCAAUCAAAAGGAUACAGCAAAGCGGUCGACUGGUACUCCCUAGGCGUACUAAUUUUUGAAAUGCUUGCCGGGUACCCGCCAUUCUACGACGAGGAUCACAUGCGUCUCUACGAAAAAAUCGUGGCAGGUCGUGUAAAAUACCCAAGCUUUUUUGAGUCGGUUGUCAAAGAUCUGCUUAAAAGGUUAUUAACAGCCGAUUUAAGCAAGCGAUAUGGUAAUUUGAAGGGUGGUAGCGAGGAUAUUAAGCAGCAUAAUUGGUUUAAAGGUGUUGAUUGGGAAAGGUUAUGUCGGCAAGAGAUUGAGGCGCCGUAUAUUCCUCAUGUGAACGGAGAUGGGGAUACUAGUAAUUUUGACAUGUAUCCUGAGGAACAAGAGUCUUACGGGAAACCAUGUUCUGAUAUAUAUCGAGACAAAUUUCCGACGUUUUGA